CAUUGUUUUCAUGUGUGGUUUGCUCUUGUAACAUUUCGACCAUGAAAAAAUAGACUAAUUUCUUUAUAUGUUAUUGUAUCUAUACUGACUAUACAUAUCAGUUAUUGUUAUCUCGCUUAAUAACUGUUGAGAUUUUACUUUGUACAUAAGUUCUCAAAAUUCCAGGUUUCCAUCGUUGUAGCCCUAUCGUCAAAUGGAUGUACCGUGGGAGCGUUUGGCGAUAACAGACUGGCUCCUGCCCGCUUUGUUUAUGCCACGCUAUUGGCAGCGUUGGAUUGACCAGUCGGAUUAUCCGGAUAGCGAGUUGCUACAGGACUUUUAUUCGGAUGGGCAUCAUUCUCUCAUUGGAAUCUGCUGCAAGGACAAAUCUAGCCUGGAGAUUUGUACAGCUCUUGGAUUUCGCGGUUGCGUCAGCGCCGGAGAAUUUGCUGGUCGAGGAAUUGUGAUUCGAGAAGAACGAAAGCCCGAUUUCCCUUUGGAGUUCACGAACAUACCGGUCACGGAUAUCACUUCUUUACGAAGAAUCAAGUUUUUGUAUGGAAAAUCGGCACGAGAUUUGCUACGUGUCAUCGCAUGGGAAUCCAACAGCGACAGCCCAACACCGAUUAUCAUUUUCAUCGAAAACCUUCCCGCCUUCUGUCAGGACGUGAUGACUGGGAAUUUCAUGGAUUAUUCGAAGCAGGCAUCUAUGGCGAUGAUCUUGAGUCAUCUCGCCGAGGCCGUGCAGUUCUCAUCACGCAAUGGAAACCAUACCUUACGCAUUAUGUUCUCCAUGUCAGAAGAUCCUGAAUACGAACAAGAUUUUGACCGGUUCAAAGUUCACAAAUGGCGACUUUCUGAUGGUGUUAGCGGCGCAGUAUUGUCGUCCGAUUGUUGGAAGGAUGAAGAGUUUCUCAUUUCCCGUAUAAAUGGAAGUUCCAGUCAGAAACUUUGCAUUUCUUCACGUCGAAAGAAUUUGUCAACGUUUUGAGUUAUGAAACGGGAGAGCGGAAGGCCUCCUGGAGGCGGCGCGGAGCCCAAAAACCGCCUGCGUGGCGGCCAAAAACUUGGAGGAACAGAAGGGAGCAUCAUACUUUAAAUCGCCGCCCCCCCUCCUUUCCAAUGCAAUGCGCCGAAUGCGGGUCUGCGAGUAUUGACCGGGAUGGCAGCUUAAAAAUUACAUGAUGUUGCAGUCAUUCAGUUUGACUGUGCAAUAAAAAGGUCACCGAAGCAGUAGCGUUAACAUACGUAAUAUGUCUAAUCGAUUGCUGGGGCAGCUGCCUGCUACCGGUCCCGUGUAAAAUGAUUCGAUUCAAACAAACAUUCUGUUGCGUGUGGAUUUCUUAACGAGCAAACAAAGCUAGACAAAUAAUGAAUCUACUGUAUAUGGGGUAUUUACAGUAAGUGACGCCCAAGAUGUACAACAAUUAUUUCUUGCUGCUUUGUAAUGAUGCAGUUUUGUUCGUAAUGAAGUAUUUGGGUUUUUAAAUACAAUUUGGCUGUCUUGAAUGCAUUGCCAUUUGCCGUUACAGUAAACUCAGCAUCUUGAUACCUAUUUCUAUUACGUAUAAAAAUGUCGCAGCCCAAACCGUCAACAUUGUCUGAGGAAUUUCAGGUACAGUAACUAUAUACUGUAGGCUUAAAUUUCACGAUAAUGACCGCAGCUGUUGAUACACAAAGCGGAACAUUCCACAGGAAGUUAAAAUUAAUUUGAAAAUCUUUUCUUGCCAAUGAUUUGACUAGCAAAACAAAACGUGUAGCCUCGAAGUCGUGAACUAUGUGAUUUUGUAUUUCCAGGGCUUGCAGACUAACUCCAAUGUUCUUGGCAUUCAGCUUUGGCAUUUAGUAGCCAUAAUAAUUUUUGGAAUAUGUAUACUCUGUAAGUGAAAAUUGCUUUUCCUCAGGCCGGUUCUUGCUGAUAAGUUCAGAUCCGAAUUAAGUAAGAAGCGUUUUAUUGGUUGCUUAAGCUUCGCUGCUUCGGUAUUCUGGUUUACAAUUAGACUUAACAAAAAAUUUGGAACAGCGUUUUUAGUGCUUCCAUUCGUCCGAUAUUUAAGUACCGUAAAAUGUUUGGUACGGUACAUUUGAUUAUACAAAAAUUGUACUACAAAAAUUGUACUACAAAAAUUGGGUGGCACAACCCAUUCAUAACAAACCGAAAUUGUUCGUAGUGAACUAAUACUUGUGUCUAUGUAGUUGUUUUUAUUCUGUGUUAAUUUUUGCGUGUGAAAAUUAUUGGCUGUUUUAAGAUAAUACUUCAUAAUGCACUGAGCCUGUAUAGUAUGAAAUGAUGGCAUUACGUAGUCACAGUAAUACAAUACUUUAUCCGUAAAAGUGGCACGUUCCUGUGAUGUAUUUUAUUAAA